AUGCAACGCACGCAGACCACCUCAAAAAAUUCAGGUUGCUUUACCGUUUCAGUGAUAACAUGUCCUGUGGACAGAUUUUCUUCAAUUCCCUCUUCUUUACUAUGGAAUAUUGUCCCGGUGGAUCCUUCCAUCCCUUUCUCGACGACGACGACGAAUUCAACAGACGUGUAUAUUGAAUCUUCGGAUAAUAAGUUAUGUCUUUCUGCGGAUAAAUCGAAUGUCGAAGUAUGUCCAUGCGAUAGUGGGCAGAAAUGGAAAGUGAGUGGGGAUAAUUGGAUGAGUGGAUCAAAUUGCUUGGGAAUAAUUGGAAAUGAUGUUGGAUUGAGUUCUUGUCAGACUAAUUCAAGCCCAUUCCAAUGGAAAGCUUUUCACGACACGCCAGGUGCGAUUAAUUUAUACACCGAAACUUUAUUUACUCAAAAACCAACGCGUUUAUCAUUAAAUACGUACACAUCAAAAAAUCUUCCAUCGUCGAUAUUUUCUUCCCCCUUCUCAAUUGAGAUUCCACCUGGAUUCCAAUUUGUCGUAAGCCGAGGAAUAAACAUUACCAAAACUUAUGAUUCGGAUAUGGCACAACUGGAUCCAAUCGAUGGACUCACUUCAACAAUCGAAGUGAAGCUUAAAUCAGGAUUGGUAAUAUAUGAGCAACCAGCGUAUUUUGGUGUGAGCAAAUUUAUCGAAAAUGGAAAUUCAUCUAAUACUACAACUUCGAUGUUAAUUGGUUCGGUAAUGGUACCUGACGGUUUUCGUGCUAUUUUAUGGCAAUCAUCUAAUUUUUCCGGAGAUAACCUUGGGAUAUAUGAGCCAAUUGCAAAUUUUACUGGAAUCGCAGCUGCAACAUCUCAAACUUCUGCUGGAAGCGUUGACGUGUCAACUGCUACAUGCUCACCUGAAUGUUCUUCCGGUGGCUUUUGUUCAAGUAAAAAUCAAUGUACUUGUAAUCCUGGUUUUACUGAUCAAUUGUGUGACAAAUGUCUUCCGGGAUUUUUUGGAUCAAACUGCCAACCCUGCCCUUCAUCAUGUAACAAUAAGACACAUUUUACUUGUGACGAUGGAUUAUCAGGAACAGGAAAAUGUAAAUCAGAUCAAUGUGCUCUAGGUUUUGCAGGUGCUAAAUGCGAUACUUGCGCACCUGGAUUCUAUGGUCCCACUUGCAAACCUUGCAAUUGUGGAAAUGGCAAAUGUGAUUCUCAAGGAAGAUGCACAUGUAAUGCCGGCUGGACUAACGAUCCCAACAGCAGUAAUUCAACAAAAUGUAGUAUUUCUAAACAAGGUUACUAUCAAUUUGGCAGUGAUAUUCUAGCUUGUUCUCCGGGAUGUGUCAAAUGCGAAGCAAACGGAAAGUGUAAUCAGUGUAGCAGCCCAAAGCUUAAGGUAUCCCCUGACGACAAUACAAAAUGUGUUCCGAAUUCUCCAAGAUCAUGUUCGGACGGACAAUACGAUAAUGGCUCGGAAUGUAAACCAUGUGAUUCCUCUUGUCAGACUUGCUAUGAUUUCGGACUUGGAAAUUGUCUAAGAUGUCAAUUCCCGAAAUUUUAUAUGGAAGGAGGCUGUGUACCAGUACAAACGAAUAAUGCUGAUGGCAAAUGCAUAACUCAAGAUAAUUCAAAAGGAUAUAUUGCUGAUACACAAAGGGGGGUUUGUCAAGCAUGUCCGAGUAAUUGUGCGGAUUGUUCUAUUCCAAAUUUUACCAAUGCAAGUCCGUUAACCAGCAUGACUUGUUCAGAGUGUAUGCCUGGCUAUAUACUUGAUAGUGGCAAAUGCUCCAAGACAUGUCCUUCAGGAACAUACAUUGAUAACAGUGACAAUACUUGUAAAAAUCCCAAUCAAUACGCCCUCAAUGGCACGUGUUCAUCACAAAAAUGUCCUCCUUCAUACGUCGCAAUAAAUACAACCUGCACCCAAUGUCAUCCAGAUUGUGCCGAGUGUAAUGGACCUGCUCUCGAUCAAUGCACAAAAUGUCCUUCGAAUCGACCAAUUUUAGUUGAUAAUCAAUGUGUAGAAGUCUGCCCGAAAGGAACCUAUGCCGACAAGAGUGGAAAAUGCCAACAGUGUAACAACAAAUGUUCUUCAUGCGUUGGUCCUUCAAGUGAUCAGUGUCUUGGAUGCACGGAUCAAUCAACAGUGCUGGUAGGAGGUUCUUGUAGUGGAACAUGUCCAUCCGGAAGCAUAUUACUUAAAGCUGAGCGUCUCUGUCAGAAUAUUGAUAGUGAAAAUGUUGUGACUCCAACUGACAAGGGCAACACCCUUAUAGCCAAAAAGUCAUUACCGUGGUGGAUUAUUUUGAUGAUUGUCAUCACGGCACUUUUACUUCUGAUCGGUUGUGUGUUUUUGUUGAGAUAUUGUGCCAUGAAGCGACGAAAGGAGAAGACGGAAAAAUUCAAAGAACAAGUCGAUGAAAACGCGGUAACCAGUCAGAUGAUCGAUUUGUAUACCCAGGAGGAAUUAAAUGGCCAAGUGAAAAUUUCACAGCCUGAUAAAUCUUAUAUUUCCAAUUUCAAGAAAAACGUUAAGCCUCACGAAGUUUUAAAUUUGCGCGAAAGCAAGCCUCCUCCAGCAUAUAGGCCUGAAGACGAGGAACGAUAUAAAAAUCAAGGUCUCCUCCAGAAAAGACCUUCGUUUAAGACUAAACUCGACUGGAAGAAAAGUAAGAAGGAUGAUUGGGAGGGAUUUGAGGUGGUGGCUUUAAAUGAGGGAGAAGGUUCUUCGGGUAGUAAAAAGGAGAAACAGAGGAACUCUGGUGGAUCACAAAUGAGUAAUUUGAAUUGGGGCACUAAUUGGAUUUAA